UAACCUAACCAUCCAUCUUUUCUCCUAAACUCAAUUACAACUCACUCAUUCCUUGUACCACACAAACACACUCUAAGUUUGAGAAGGAGAAGGAUCAGUGAACACGGUGUUAUUUAUGUGUUUCCAAUCAGGUUGUCCUUGUCGGUGAGCUUUAUCCCCACACAUUUGCUAAAAUCAAUCAAAUUAUUGAACAACCACUAUUAUCAUAUCAUAUAUAUUCCCUAAUCAUGCUGUUGCUGUUGCCGCAUUCAAUUCAAUUCCAACCAUUUAAUUAUAUAUAUGUUCAUGUAAUGUAAAGAUUAUUAUUAUUACCACAGAAACCUACAAACUCCUCACCAUCAUUGCUCAUGACUCUAUUCGGUGGCAUUAGCUGUAGUUUACUCCAACUUCCAACUCUUUUUCUAUAAACUCCCCACCACUCUCUCUCUCUCUCUCUCUCCUUCCUCUUAUUACAUCUGCCCACACCCCCAACUCCGUUGGAAUAACCCUAUCUAUACAUCCACUUCGCUCUAUCCCCGCUUUCUUGAGUUUAGCAUCAUGCUGCAGCUCCGCCUGGUCGCCGCCGCAGCUGCGGUGCUCUUAUCGCUUUCCCUUCUCAUACUUCCAUCUACCACCUAUGCCCACAACAUUACCCGCAUUCUCGACAAGUACCCCGACUUCUCCACCUUUAACCACUAUUUGACUCUCACCCAGCUGGCUCCUGAGAUCAACCGACGAGAAACAAUCACCGUUUGUGCGGUGGACAAUGCCCGAAUGUCGGAUCUGCUCUCCAAGCACCUCAACAUAGGCGCCAUCAAGAAUGUUCUCUCGCUUCACGUGCUCCUCGACUACUUCGACUCCAAAAAGCUACACCAGAUCACGGACGGCACCGCCCUUGCCGCCACCAUGUUCCAGGCCACCGGCUCAGCCCCCGGCUCCGCUGGCUUUGUCAAUAUCACUGAUCUGAAGGGCGGGAAGGUCGGUUUUGCCCCCCAGGACAAUGGCGGCGUUGUUUCUGCCACUUUCGUCAAGCCCGUCGAAGCUAUCCCCUACAACAUCUCCGUCAUCCAGAUCUCCUCGAUCUUGCCUUCUCCUGAAGCCGAGGCCCCGGCGCCAGGACCGAGCCAGACGAACAUCACUGCACUCAUGUCGGCUCACGGCUGCAAAGUGUUCGCCGAGACGCUGUUGGCUAAUCCAGCCGAACAGACAUUCGAGGACAACGUCGAGAGCGGAUUAACUAUUUUCUGCCCCGGAGACGACGCUAUGAAGAGCUUCAUGCCCAAAUACAAGAACCUAACUGCAGCAGGCAAACAGUCUUUACUGGAGUACCACGGAAUUCCGGUUUACCAAUCGUUAGCAGGACUAAAAUCGAGCAACGGCCUGACGAACACUUUAGCCACCGACGGCGCCAGUAAGUUCGACUUCACGGUACAGAAUGACGGCACCGAUGUGACAAUCAUAACGAAAAUUGUGACCGCAAAAAUCAUGAAUACCUUGGUCGAUGAACAGCCAUUGGCUAUCUACGAACUGAACAAGGUUCUAAUGCCGAAAGAGUUGUUCAAGGCAGCCCUCUCUCCUACUCCAGCUCCAGCUCCGGCUCCCGAAGCAGACGCAGAGUCGCCGAAGCCAUCAAAGAAGAAGCACAAGUCGCCGCCUGCACCGGCUGCUCCGUCGGACUCUCCAGCGGACGCUCCCGACGGAGAUGUGGCGGAUCAGACCACGGAUAGUAACGGCGCAGUUAGGUUUGAGGGUGGAAGGUUUGUGGGCGUAAUUUUGAGUCUCUGGUUCGCAUUUCUACAGCUGUAAGUUGAGUAUAUUGUAAUUUCAAUUUUUGAGGGGUUUGUUUCCAUUUUCGAUUUAUUUUUCAUUUCCACUUUCAUUUUAUUGUGAAAUGAAUUAAGUCCCGUUUGGGUAUUUGUUUGAUUUGUUAAAUAAAUUGUAUUAGAGUGGUAGCGGUAGCAGACUCUUGUUUUUUUCUUUUUUAAUCUUGAUUUAAUUAAAUAAAAGGCCUCGGCCGAGUUUAUAGAUUUGUAUCUCUGUAUUAGACAGCGAGGAAAGGACACCCACCUUUGUUUCAU